AGAGGACAUCCGGCCGGGCUCCGAAUGUCCGCAGCCUGCCCUGUCUGUGGGUGUUAGUGGCUCUGUCGCUGGAGGGCUGGCUCGCGGAUUGGGGUUCCUGCGGUCGCGGGCCGGCCUCACGCCGCUCCCUGUCCCUCCGUCCCGGGGGCGAUCCCGGCCUCUCCGCUAGGCCGAGCCUGGUCGGCCCGGCGCGCGCUCGAGGAGGGAAAAAUGCCCAAAAAAAAGACUGGUGCGAGGAAAAAGGCCGAAAACCGCCGGGAACGUGAAAAACAACUAAGAGCCUCCAGAAGCACUGUAGAUUUAGCUAAACACCCGUGUAAUGCUUCAAUGGAAUGUGACAAGUGUCAGAGACGGCAGAAGAAUAGAGCAUUUUGCUACUUUUGUAAUUCUGUACAGAAGCUGCCAAUUUGUGCACAGUGUGGGAAAACAAAAUGCAUGAUGAAAUCUUCUGAUUGUGUCAUAAAGCAUGCUGGUGUGUAUAGUACUGGCCUUGCAAUGGUGGGUGCAAUAUGUGACUUCUGUGAAGCUUGGGUGUGCCAUGGUAGGAAAUGUCUCAGUACACACGCCUGUGCCUGCCCUCUUACUGACGCUGAGUGUGUUGAGUGUGAACGAGGUGUAUGGGAUCAUGGAGGCAGAAUAUUCAGUUGCUCUUUUUGCCAUAAUUUUCUCUGUGAAGAUGAUCAAUUUGAACAUCAAGCCAGCUGCCAGGUUUUAGAGGCAGAAACAUUUAAAUGUGUUUCAUGCAAUCGGCUUGGUCAGCAUUCAUGUCUCCGUUGUAAGGCUUGUUUCUGUGAUGAUCACACAAGGAGCAAAGUGUUUAAGCAGGAAAAAGGAAAGCAACCUCCUUGCCCUAAAUGUGGACAUGAAACUCAGGAGACCAAGGAUCUCAGCAUGUCAACACGCUCCUUGAAAUUUGGCAGGCAGGCUGGAGGUGAAGAGGGCGAUGGAGCUUCUGGGUAUGAUGCUUAUUGGAAGAACCUUUCAUCUGACAAAUAUGGGGAGAGUGGCUACCAUGAAGAGGAGGAGGAUGAGUAUGAAGCAGAGGAUGAUGAGGAGGAAGAAUAUGAAGGUGGAAAGGAUUCAGAUGCUGAGUCAUCAGAUUUGUUUACAAAUUUGAAUUUAGGAAGGACUUAUGCCAGCGGUUAUGCUCAUUAUGAGGAGCAAGAGAACUAGGAGAGCUGCUUGCCCUUGGUGACCUUGUGUGAGAGAAACAGGAAUGUGUGUGUGCUUGAUGAAUUGUGUGCAGAUACUCAAAAUACUAUCAUUUGGCCUUGGGCAAAAGACUAGUCACAUUUACUGGGCCAACUUGUAGGGCAUAGCGUUUUUAUAGGAAUUAAUAAUCAGGCUUAUAGCAUAAAAAAUAAGGUUCAAAUGUAAGGUAUCUAUUGAUUCAAGCAAAUGAGGCAUCAUGAAUUAUAUUAGUAUUGGUCUCUGUAAUCUAGUAGGCUUGCCAGUUAGAUCCCUAUAUAUAGGAUAAAGGAAUAGGUAAUAUAUUUAUUUGAAAUUAAAUUACUGUUUUUAUUAAAACACUGCUUAUAAAUUCACUGUAUCUGAUUUUAUAAAAUGUAGUCGUGGAUAAAAUGAAUUACUGUAUUUUUGCUUUUAUGUCUGUCCACAAAAUGAUUAUGCUAUAGUCUAAACUUUCAUUAAAUAUUAUGUUAUUUUAAGUAGUCACAGUAUUUGUUUUAGCAACUGAUUUAGUCCAUCUCUUCACAGUAUAUGUCCUGAACAGUACCUAUUACUAAUGCCUAAAUGUAUUGACAAAGGUGACUGCUCACCAUUUUUAGAGACAUAAUAUCAGAAGUGCUAUCAUUACAGAUGUGUUGCUCAGGAAAUAUAUUUUUUUAAUAAAUU